AUGGAUUCAGAUUUACAGGAUUAAACAUAAACUCAAGUGGAAAAUGACUAUUUCUCGAAUAAAAUUGAAACUCAUAAAUUUGUGGUUGGCAUCUCCAAACCUGGGGAUUUGAGAAUUGGUCUACAAACAGUAAAUAAAAACAAAAUCACUGUCAGAGGAAUUCUAGGGAUAUAAGAAAAAUAAUGA